AUGGCCGUUUGUCCCAGGGAAGGCGAGGGACCCCCCUUUUGUCUGCCGCCUCCCCCCCCCCCCCCCGCCGGCGGAGGACAGCAGGAGGGCGCCGGGUUUCUUCUGCCUGGGGAAGGAGGGGGCGGCCGAGGGGGAUGCGAUGCCGACCCCCAGCGCCUGGAGGGGGGCGACACCCCCACCCCCCCACCCGCCCCGCCGGGGCAGCUCCCCAGGGCUUUGUGCGAGACGCCGCUGUCAGUCGGUCCCCCGCUGCGAGGGCAGCGCUGUCAGUCGGUCCCGGGGCGGACCGAAGGGGGUCCUCCCGUGCCCCCGCCACAGGGGGGUCGCCGCCAGGACAGAGCCGGCCCCGGCCCAGCCCCGGGGCUCUCCCGACGCCCUUCCCGGGCACCAGCGCAGCCUGCCGGGACAAGGGGGACCCGAGGACGGACGGAGCGGCGGGUGGCUCCCGGCGGAGAGAGCUUCCUCCAGAGGAGAACCCUCGUCUGCGGGAGCUCCCUUGGAGCAGCCUGGGGCCGCUGCCCGGCUGUCACUGCAACUGGCAGUCGGUCGCCGAGGCGAGCUGCCCCGGAGCCGGCCCGGCCCGCAGCGCAGCGCAGCGGAGCGGAGCGGCAGGUCUCGGCGCCCGGGGCUCUCCCGAGGCAGGGACACGCCGGGGCAGCGGAGAUCGCCUCCCUUGCCGGGAGGUUUGAAGGCGGCGGCACGGAAAGGAGCGCUCCGUCGCCGAGGGGAGCCGCUCCGGAGCCGGCCCGGCCGGCAGCGCAGCGCAGCGCAGCGCAGCGCAGCGGAGCGGAGCGGCAGGUCCCGGCCCAGGGGCCGCGCCACCCGCACCCCUUUCCGAAGCGGCCCGGGGAGCGCCGCGGGCAGAGCGGGCAAAGAGAGCCGGGGGCGGCCGUUGGCGGGGAAGGGCGGCGUGCCCCUGCCCGCUCCAGAGGGGAGUUCGGCCGGGGCCAUCACCCGCGCCGAAGGAGCCUAGCGACGGUAGCCCCCCGCAGAAAGCCACGUCCUCUGCGCUCGCCAGAAGGGAUGUGGCGACCCCGAGAGAGCUCCCAGAAAGCACGCAGCCUCAGGGCGUGCCAGAGCCUGGCCCUGGGAAGGGAUGGCAAGAGCGGGAACAGCCCUGUGAGGUGGGACCGAGCGGACGACCUGCUCAGCCCGCUGGCAGAGCUCCGGGAGGCAGCAGGAAGGUGA